AUGGGUUCAUCAAAGGUGAAGCACCGCGUCGGUCGAGCGUCAACCCAGCCGCAGCGCAAGAAGCGCGCGCUUGGAGAUGACACCUUUGACUGGGGGAAGAGUGAUAGAGAAGACGUAAUUGCGUCAGAUAGCGAAGAUAGUGCACAUGCUGGCGAUGCUAGUGACAACGAAAGCGAUGUGGAGCAGAAAGAGACAACACAGGAAAAGCGUUUGCGUCUAGCAAAAGAAUACCUGGGUAAAAUUACGGCGCAGGAGAUCGGCGAUACCGAUAACGAAGGUGGUGAAGGUGACGGCGUGGAAGAGCGCUUGGGAGAACGGCUGAAGCAGGACGCACUAAAUGCGAUGGGCAAGCUCUUUAAGAAGGUCGCGGCCGAAUACUUGGACUAUGAGUUUGAUAUCGCUUCGACCAAAUUUCUUAGAGGUCACCGCCUGUCUGUUACCAGCUUAUGUCUUUUGGAAGAUGGUGAGAUCGCCUAUUCAGGCGCCAAGGACGGAUCGCUGCUGCGGUGGGACUUAAAACAGCAGAAGAAGAGAGAGAUUACGCUGCCUCACGACGAUGUGGCUGCCGAGAAAGCGACGACAGACAGAGAUCGCUGCAUUUUGGCGUUGGCUGUCAGCUCAGAUGGUAAAUUUCUAGCCAGCGGUGGCCGCGACAAGCUCGUUCGUGUGUGGGAUGCGAAAACAGGUCAACUGAAGGAAAGCUUCUCAGGACAUCGCGAUGCUGUGUCAGCGCUGGCUUUUCGUCUGCGAUCGCAUUCACUGUUUUCAGGAUCGUUAGACCGAUCGAUCAAGCACUGGAACCUCACUGAAAUGGGAUACGUUGAGACACUUUUUGGUCAUCAGAGCGAGGUGAAUGCACUUGACAGCUUAUACAAAGAGCGGGUGGUGAGUUGCGGUCGUGAUCGUAGUGUGCGUCUGUGGAAAAUUCCUGAAGAAACUCAGCUGGUUUUUUACGGCAACUCGGGCUCAAUAGAUUGUGUCGGAAUGGUCACAGACGAAUACUAUGUUACAGGUGGAGAUGGCGGUUCUCUUUCCCUUUGGUUUAACGGCCGUAAAAAACCCGUCUGCGUCAUCGCCAACGCUCACGGCGGCAAGUGGAUCAACAGCGUGGCUGUCAUGCCGCGCACGGACCUCAUUGCUUCCGGAUCAUGUGAUGGGCACAUUCGAUUGUGGCAAGCCAACCUCCAGGAACGCUCACUCAUCUUUGUGGCUUCGGUUCCGCUAGAAGGAUUUAUAAAUGCACUGUGUUUCGAUGCCAAGGCUCGCUUUUUACUUGCAGGUAUAGGUCAGGAGCACCGCCUUGGUCGAUGGGAAAAGUUGAUUGUUAAAAAUGGCAUCGCGAUUAUAGCUUUGCCAAACAUUGAUCGCGAACAGCAAGAGAAAAAUGGGGAUGUAGAAGCGGCUGAAAGGGGUUGCGAGUGUUAA